AUCAUCCGACUCACCGAUUCAGCUCCCCCGAGUAGAAAUCUUCCUGUUCUGACACAGAACGAGCUCAAUCGAAUCAGAUUUCUCUCUCUUCUCCGAUCGUAGAUUUUCUCCUCGAAAAGAGACGAUGGAUUUCUCUGAGCAAGAUGUUGAUGUUUUUGGAGAAGAUUUCGAGCAGGGAGAAGAGCAGCAGCAGCAGCAAGGCAAGGAAGAAGAGGACAGCCAGGAAUCCUCAUCGUCUUCCUCAUCCUCUUCCUCUAAUGGCAGUGAUGCAGAGAGCAGUAGUGGGAGCGGCAGCGCCAGCAGCAGCGAUAGGGAAGACGACGACGAAGUCGAUGGAGAAAAGGGAAGCGGGUCCGAUGAGAAAGAUCUUUUCGGGUCCGAUAACGAAGAGUAUUCCAGAAUGGCGGCUUUCAGCCCUUUCCCAGUUCCUGUGUUGCCUGCUAUUCGAAAUACUAACAACCCGGGUAGAGGAAAUUUCGGACGCGGUCGUUGGGGGUCUGGGUAUCCAAAUGAUAGAGGAUUUGGCCCACCUCUCCUCCCACGGCCUGGAGGUUAUAAUCAACGGCAGAACUAUGGUUAUGGUUCUAAAUUUUCACAUGCUAAUGGGCGCAAUGACCCUCGUUUUGUUUCGGAGUUAAAGCUUUCGAAGAGUGAAGAAACUUUAUCUCGGAAACAAAUUCAAUUCCAAAAGCCCUUGGAACUUGCAUGCUACAGUCGCAUUGAAGGUGGAGAUGUUUCUUUUGAUGAUCGUAGCUUGAGACUUUUUAGGCGCCAUGUUGGUGAAUAUGUCGGUGCUGAUCUAAAUGAAGGGUUUGAGACAUUUGUUGAGAAAAAAGACUUAGGUAGUCAGGGAUUUGGUGAUCUUCUCGCUUGCAUAAGAAACAAAAAUAUUCCACUGCAGAAUAUUCAUUUCGUGACUUUCCGCAACAACCUUAAUAAGAUAAUGGCUACUGCAUACAUCAAACAUGAGCCAUGGGAAAUGGGGGUGCAUAAGAGAAACGGGGUUGUUUACCUUGAUGUGCAUAAACUCCCUGAAAGGCCACAAAGUGAUCUAGAUCGUCGAAGGUGCUUUUGGGGAUACUCUUUUGAGAAUCUUGCCACUGAGGACUCCGGGAGCACUGAUGCAGACGGGCUACAUCACAUUGAUGCAAAUGUUGAAUACUGUUCCGUGAUUAAAACCAAAUUAGGUGCUCAUCGUAUUAUUAUGGGUGCUGAGAUGGACUGCUGUGAUUCGACUGAUGAUGGGAGGAGGUUCUAUGUGGAGUUGAAAACAAGUCGUGAGUUGGAUUAUCAUACGGAGGAAAGAUUUGAAAGAGAGAAACUGCUGAAAUUCUGGAUACAGUCAUUUCUAGCCGAUGUCCCAUUCAUCGUUGUUGGAUUCAGGGAUGAUGCAGGUCGAUUAGUCCGUACAGAGAGACUAAGAACCAAAGACAUAACUCAGAGGGUAAAGAUGAAGAACUAUUGGCAGGGAGGAGUAUGCCUGGCAUUUGCGGAUGAGGUCUUGUGCUGGCUGUACGGAACAGUCAAAGAGAAUGAAGACUACAUCCUGCAGUUUGGCCCGCCUUUCCUUCGAUUGGAGCUACUGCAGGCCUCAUCAUGCCCAGAUGUUAUCACCAGUCAUAUGGAGGUACUGUAAGCACAUAGGCGGUCUUCCCCUCAAAGGCGUCGUGCUUAGAGAAUUACACAACAGUUGAUAGUAAUUAAAGCUGGAUGCGCAAAUACCAGCUGUGCAGAGGAUCCUGUCUGAACGGUUUCUUCUGAUAUCUAUCCACUACCCGAGAUCAAUUUUUUUUUUUGGGGUGGUGGUAAUGAAAUUCUGUGAUUUACCAGUGGAAACAUACAGAUGCAGAGGUUGAUCUUGAAGAUUUAUUUGGUGA